AUGGCGUUCCGGACAACCCAACGCGCACCCCGUAGCUGUUUCGCAUGCUCAUCCCGCAAGGUCAAAUGCGAUAAGAAUGUGCCAUGCUCGACCUGUAUCAAGCGAGGACAAGCAGAUGCCUGCGCUAGAGAGAUGGUCAUUGUGCGGGGCGCCGUGACGACAUGGACGGAUGCGCCGGAUCUUCUCACGUAUGACGAGCUCAAGGAUGAGAAUCAGCGUCUUCGUGACGAGAUUGAAUUAUUGAAGCGCCAGCAGGUCUCCAUUUCACCUGCUUCACGCGGCGAAAAGCUUCGACGAAGUCUGGGAAAUGAUGAUGAGCUCGAGAAGAGACUAUGGAAACUCGUCUCCGCAUCAUCACCGCCUUCGCCAAUGGCGACCGACUGGGGAAGUAUCUUGAUGCCUAGCCGUCAAUGUAGCGAGCAACUCGUAGAGUUUGACCGCAUAUGGAACUCGUGGGUUCACUAUGCUCUAGAGUAUCCUUCGUUUGAAAUCGAGUGUGACGAGUUCUAUGCAGAGCUCGAAAAGGGAGGCGCGCUGGAAGAAUAUGAUCCAGCAUGGUUGGCGGUAUACUUUGCCGUUUUAUCCGCUGCUCUGUUAAUGAUGGCUGAAGAUGAAGCCACUCGUGUGUUUCUCCCUCAAGGUGAGCCGACCGCUUUCUUUUCUAGAAUUCUUCACCUCUCGUCCAUCGCUCAGUGCUCCAUAGGAUUUGAUCAAAGGAGAGCAGGCAAGAUGUGGUAUGACGCCUCCAUCUUUUGUCUUCAUCGCUCCGACUUCAUGAGAACACGCUCAAUCCGCUCCGUCCAAGCAGUCGCCAUCCUCGGAAUGUGCUUCAACAACUGGGGAGACUCGGAUUUAGAUGUCCAUCUGUGGAGUUGCGCUCUUCGGAUAGCACAGACCAUUUCUCUACACGACCCCCCAUCUAGCACAACGAACAUACUCAGCGCAGAAGGUCAACGCCGACUCUGGUGGACUCUUAUGAUUGUCGAAUGGAUGCGAGUCCCCUACCAAAUACCACAAGUUGAUGAGGUCGACUUCGACAUGUCUCUACCAGUAUCUACAAUGACUCCCGACGAGAACAUGCAUGUAGAUCCAGUUCAUUAUCACAUCUUCAUGGCCAGAGCAGCCACUGCCUACUAUCGAUUCUGCGUGGCAAUCCGCGCCGCGGUCAAACCGGUUGAGGAAGCCGUUAGGAAGGCAGACGAGGAACUGGCCGAAGUUAUCAACACUCUGCCAGAGUAUUUGAAGCCCGACAAUUCGGGAAGCGAGCACGUGCGCCAGCUGGAAGAAGCCCAUCCCUGGGUCAAGUGGCAAAGGUUUGACGUGACUGUCGUCCUCCUGCAUUUGCGCGUACGGAUCAGUCGUGCUCUCCAAGCGCAAUGGCAGGCAGAGCCCCAGAGGUAUUCUUGGGCGAAAACAAUUAGCGUCACGUCCGCAAUGAGUGUGAUAUGGAUCAAUCACAAUUGGGACCAGCCAGCGUCUAUGCGCAAGCAGUGGGCUCUGUCGUUUCACGUCUUUGUUGCUGCAACCCUGUUAUUGCGCGAGCAUCAGACAGUUCCAGACGAUCAAAAUGAGGCAUAUUGGGACUCUAUGAACACCGCUCUAUACCUUCUAGACCAAGUCAAGGACCAGAGUGCAGUUGCUCAACAGGCCGCUGUCAUUCUUCGAGCGGAAAUAAACAAGGAAUGA